AAUGGAUGUUUCAGGAGGUCUACGAUCGCGGAAACAUCCUUGGACCAGGAUAGAAACGAUCGAGUAACCACUGUACAGGAUUCAAUGACGUUGAAAAUCAAAUUGGAACGCAACGAUUCGGAUAACUCGGCGAGAAAUGAAAAUAACGUCACGAGUAAUUAUUUAGAGAGGAAAAUGUUCGACGAACCGAUUCUCGACUCGGUGAAAACUGUUUUGGUGCCGGUCAGGGAUCUAGUGACCAAGGAAGUAAGGAAUAUGUUGGUCCCUGUUGAAGUCAGGGACGAGACCGGAUUGAACGUGAUCAAGAGUGUGCUUAUACCGUUCGAGGGAGACGACGGAUUGGUGUCUUACGAGCUGAAAAAGGUAAUGGUGCCUAUCAAGCCGGAAUUGAGUUUACCCCAGAAGAAGGGUGAGAGCAGAUUCGUGGCGAAUCAGGCUAAGGACAGGCGGUUGAGUUGCAAGGGAGGCGGCGAGAGGAAACGAAAGAAAAGCGAGGAGGGCGACGAGCAAGAAGAGGGGAAAGAGAUAUUAUUGGAAGUAACGAAAGAAUCAAAAUUGAAAUCGAAAACCGACGUGACGAAAGGGGAAGUGGACGAGAUAUUGGAUACCUUGAGGAACGUUUGUCCGUUCUGCGAAAAGUGUUUCAAGGACGAGAAUCAAAUGCAGAAGCACGCCCUGAAAACGCAUAAGAAGCCGUACAACUGCGACAAGUGUCACAAAGGUUACUUCUCGGAUCUGGCCCUCGAGGAACAUCGAAAAACGCACGAGGUGAUGUCAUUUCAUCGAUGCUCCGUCUGCCAGAUGCAAUACAAAACCGUGACAGGGUUGAAGCAUCACAGGAUCCGCGAGCACGCCGACAUAGACCCGAAAUUCAUCUGCGACUGUUGCGGCAAGAAGUUCAAAUUAAAAUUGGACCUGGCCCUUCACAUAGACAGGUCACACAUGAACGCUACCUACAUCUGCAGAUUCUGCGGGAUGGCCGUGAAGAAUAUCGCCCACCACGAGACGAAGCAUCAGGAGAAUAAAGAGAUCGUCUAUCCGUAUUGUUGCACCGUCUGCCCUAGAAAAUUCAAAGCUUGGAACACGUUGGAGAAUCACUUGCUGAUGAAGCACAAAGCUUCGAACGUGGGAUCGGACAUGUUGCGAACGCUUUGCCAGAAAAGAUUCGAAUCCAGAAGCGAUUUCUAUCAGCACGUGUUGCUCAAUCAAACGGAGGUUAAGCAGCACAAGUGCGACGUGUGCGGGAAAAUCUUCACGUCCGAGUACAAUCUUCGCAAUCACGUCGCUCUCCAUUCCCAGACUUACGCGUGUACCCAGUGUGACAAGAGUUUCACCACGAAUUACUUGUUGAAGCUGCAUCUACGGAAGCACACCGGCGAACGGCCCUAUCAGUGCAAAGUAUGCUUGAAGACGUUCGCCAGAUCUGCUUCCCUUAGAAUGCACAGAUUGAUCCACACCGGUGAGAAACCGUACGCGUGCGAUUUGUGCGGGCAAAGUUUUACUCAGAGGGGCAGCAUGAUGUCGCAUCGCCGCAAACAUCCAGAAAAUCAUCCGCCUUCUCCUCCCCUGUUGCUCACCAAUUCUGAAAAUAACGAGAAUCGAUGUUUCAGGAAUUCGACGAUGAUGGAAAGGUCCAAGGAACUAGACUCGAUACAACGAUUGGUUACGUUAUGUCCCAAAUCGAAUUCUCCGGAUCAGACAAAGAUUGAUCAAAGAUUGCCAUGUGAAAAAGAAUUAAAGGAUAAGUUACCUAGAAAAAUUCUAAAAAAUUGUAACAAGAUUAAUAAUAAACCAGAGACGGUGAGGAAAAAUGAAAACAAUUUAACGAAUGAUUCAUCAUUGAAUGAAGUUAACGUUGAUUUAAUUUCGAACAGGAAUAUCGUUGACAAUAGUGUUUGUUUAAAAGAUGUUGACAGUGAUUUAUCAUCGUCUAUAAAAACGAAUGAACGAAUAAAGGAUGAUCCAAAUGAAAGAACGCAGAAUAAUUUGUGCAUAAAUUCAGUGCCACAGGUAUUGAUUGCAAUCCCAGAUCCGGUGACUAACGAGAUUAAAAAUAUUCUGAUGCCAAUUGAAACGAGAGAUGCCUCUGGAUUGAACGUAAUUAAAAGUGUCCUUGUACCCAUUCGUGACUCGAAUGGUGUUAUAUCGUACAAUAUUAAAAAAGUAAUGGUGCCUAUCAAACCGGAAUUAAAUUUGUGCCAGCCAUCGAAAGUCAAAAACAAGUCGAAUACAAGUAAACCUGUCAAAAAUGAGAAAAAAGAAGACGAACGAACAUCAAUAUCAAACGAGAAUGAAACAAGAAAAAAUGACGAAAUAACGUUAGACGUUAAGAAUAAUGUGCAACAUUCUUCAUUGGAAGAAGCAAGGAAAAAUUUAACGAAAGAUGAGGAAGAGGAGAAUACAGAAUCGCAAAUAAUAUCUAUUCAAGAAAGCCAAAAAGAAGAGACGGAUCAAAUAUUAGAAACUUUGAAGAAUGUUUGUCCGGUAUGUCAAAAAGUAUUCAAGAGCGAGAACAUGAUGCAAAGGCACGUGCGCAAGUUUCACGAGAAGACGUAUCCUUGUGAUAAAUGUAACAAAUGUUAUCCAUCAAAAUUAUCACUGGAAGAACACAAAAAGUCGCACGAAGAUGAUUCUUACUUACAAUGUUCCAUGUGUCACUUAAAAUACAAACGUAAGAUAGGCUUAAAGUAUCAUCAGAUUCGUGUACAUAGUAACGUGGAUCCAAAAUUUAUGUGCGAUUAUUGCGGGAAACGUUUCAAAUUGAAACUGGAUCUGAGUGUCCAUAUCGAAAAGAUACACAUGGGAAUCACCCAUAUCUGUAAAAUAUGUGGCAAGGUAGUGAAAAAUAUCACGCAUCACGAAUGGCAGCACGAUAGGGCAGCAAAGAAAGUCGUUUACAAAUACAGUUGCGAUCUUUGUCCAAAAAAAUUCACGACUCGUAACAAUUUAGACAACCAUUUGCUUAUGCACAAAGACGGAUUUAAGUGUACUCUUUGCGACGAAGUUUUUUCUUCGCCAUUUGCACUUGGCAGCCAUAAGAGCACGAAACACAGACCUGGCGCCACCUGCCCUAUUUGCGAGAAAGCUUUCAACAGUACCAGCAAUUUUUAUCAACACGUGCUCACCCAUGCUGGAGUCAGACCGUAUAAAUGUGACAUUUGUGGAGAAGAUUUUACGCAAAGAUCCAGUGUUCUGAGACACCGAAAGAUUCAUCCUGGACCUCUUCCUCCUUUAACAGAUCCUACUCCUAUCGCGGAUACUGCUAGGAAGAUAUUGGAACAACUUUCGAGUGCUUGACUUGUUAACGUAUUUAUAAUGUGCAACUAUAUUGUUGUGAACAACGUUAAUUUUGUUUUAAAGGAUUUAUCGAGAAGCAUGAAGAGAAAUGGAUGCAUUUUGAAAAUAUAUGGUGCUUCUGAGUAAAUAUUGUAGUACAAAGUUUGGAAGAAGAUGUAAGAUCUUUGUGAUAUGGUAAUUGAACAUAGCAAUGUAUGUGUCAAGAAUCGUUACCUUAGUAUCGAUUGAUUUUAUCGUUUCAUUGUUAAUGAAAUUUAACAUCUGUGAAAUAUUCUAUUCUUGAGACUGAUUUUGAUUUCUUUUUUAUAUAUAGAGAAUUUUAUUUUAAA